UCUCUCUCCCUCUCUCUCUCUCAGCCAAUCUCCCCUCCCUUCUCUUCUAUCUAUCUAUCUAUCUGUCUAUCUACCCAGCCUUCAUUCCUGCACACACGUACAAAACUGGUUCAGUGUCAGUGUGUGAGAUGUAAAGGCACCCCGUCGGGACACUGAUUUACUGGAUUUUAUAGGAGUCGCGGUGUGCAUCCGUUUUGCUUUGCGGCUCCGCCCGGUGUGCGGUGCACCAGGCUCACUGACUGCACAGAGUUUUAUUGGAUUUGCCCGACAGGCAGCGGCGGGAGAGGAGCAGUCUUACCCCACACAUAGGACAAAGGAAACGGGGGAAAAUUUUAGGAAAAACACACCAGUGGAAGAAGAAAGGAUUGAAGAUGGAUAACUGUCUCAUCACACUCGUUUUCAGCCUUUCAAUGAUAGGUGGGUGCUUGGCCCGGGUGGUGACAGUGUCUUCUGGCCCACUGAUCCGGGUGGAGGGUCAGCCGGUGUCCAUCAGAUGUGAUGUCAAUGAAUACAUGGGACCUCGUGAGCAGGAUUUUGAGUGGGAGAUGUCAAGGGAUGCAAAGGCACAGAGAAUAAAGAUCAUCUCCACCUUUGACUCCGCCUACUCCCACGCAUCGCUGAGCAAGCGCGUCGCAUCCGGUGACAUCUCUGUGGUGCGGCUCAAAGACAACGAGGUGGAGCUGAAGAUAGCGGAGGUGAAGUCGGUGGAUGCCGGUUUCUUCUUUUGCCAAACGCCGAGCACUGACUCCGUCAUCAGUGGCAACUACGAGGCUCAGGUCCAGCUUAUUGUCAUCCCCAACACCCUCAAGGUCUCCCCGCAGGCCCCGGCCUCAGUCAUCCCAGAAGGAAGUGACAUCACGCUCUCCUGCAACGUCACCCGGGAACUCACCCAGCCCACCUACCUGUCUGUCACCUGGUCUCUAAAGAAGGGAGGAACAUCUGAGGAGAUCCUGACUUUUGGUCCUCAGGGAGGCGUGGUUACGGGGCAAAAGUACACCCGGCGCUACACUGACGGAGGCAUCCGAUUGGUUCCCGGGAAGAACGGAGUGUUUGAGUUGGUGAUUUCCAGAGUGACGACAUCUGAUGAAGGAAUUUAUGAAUGCAACGGAACAGAGUGGACACAUGAAAAGGGAGGGAAAUGGAUAAAAAUCGUGGAAAGUAAAAGAGAGAUGGGGACAGUUGCUGUUACUCCUACAGGUCAGUCCCUCAGCGUGACAGCUUCAUCCUCCUCCUCCUCUCCCUCCUCCACGUCUAUGCUUCUCUCCCCCGGGGACACGCUGACCCUCCUCUGCUCCGUCGCCGUCGACAACCUGCCCUCCCUCGCCCUGGAAGUGACCUGGCUGGCCGACGGGCGCGAUAUCAUCACCAUGGAGCGCAGCGGGGUGGUGAUCUCCAACACGUCCUCCAGCGGAACGCCGGCAAAGCGGGGAGAGGCCAACCUGGAGCGAACAGGAGCCCAGACGUACAGGCUGGCGGUGAGGGGAGUGAGCGUGGAGGACGAAGGGGCGUACGCGUGCCGUAUCCGAGCCUUCGUCGAGAAGGGAGGAAGGAGCGCAGGAGGAGGAGGGAGGUGGCACAUGGCAGCGGAGAAGACGUCCAGCCCGGUGACGGUGAAGGUGUCGCAGAUCAAACCGAGCUUCUCGCUGGCCCUCGAGCCCAUCCUGAGUCCCCAGAUGACCGCUGAACCCACAGAGCUGGCAUGUCAUGUGACCAACAUCACGCACCUCCCCACUGGAGGCCGCCUGGGCGUGACCUGGGAGCACUCCGCACUUCCUGGUAUAGGGGAUGAUCCUCAGGAUACGAAUCCCAUCGGUACCUUGGACGGCAAGGGGAACCUGUUGCCGGGGGCGAAGUAUUCUGAUAGGCUGAAGAGCGGUGUGAUGUCACUGAGCCGAGUUCAGCCCAACACAUUCAAACUGCAAUUUCUGCGCUCACAGGAGAUCGACAUGGGCGAGUAUGUUUGCAAAGUGUCAGCGUGGACAAUCAGCAGCCAGGGUGACAUGGUGAAGACUGCCGAGUACGAGAGCUCGCCGCUGACUGUUCGAUGGGAUACCAAACGUCCAACUCUAAACGUGGUGGCCAAGCGCACCCGUGAAGCUUCAGUGGGCGGGGCUACGUUUGAGAUGAGCUGCACCGUAUCCACUGAGAACCUCGGGGAGGCGGGCUACUCAGUGCUCAUCCAAUCACAAGACAAUCUGGGGAGCGCCACGAGAACCAUCAUGACCCUCAGCCCCGAUAAUGUUGUGCAGCACGGAGGAGCCACGGACCCCAACAGGAGAGACAGUCUGGUCCUGACUAAGUCUGGUCCAGCAGAGUUUCGAUUUCGACUGGCAGGCGUCCAGUUGUCUGAUCGAGGUUUCUACUGGUGCGACAUCACCGCAUGGACAAAACAGCAGCCAGGGCAAGCAUGGACCAAAGCCACCAGCUCCGAGUCUAACAAAGUCAGGAUUGACUUUCAAGAAAAUGGCCCGUCCUUCGCCAUCGACAUCCAAUCAGACUCCAGCACUGUUUAUCCGUGGCAGACGGCCAAGAUGAAGUGUUCGCUCAGCGUCUCUGGAUCUUCACCAAAAACUGGUACAACACACUCGGAUGAUCUGGCGUAUGAGGUGCGUUGGUUUUUUACCCGGCUGCGUGGCGGAGCAACGACGACCCAGCUGGCCAGCGUGGACCGUUUCGGUGUGGUGAAGAAAGAAGAUCGCAACUCAUCCAGCGAUAUUUCAAUAGAGCGCGAUGACACACACACCUACAUGCUGAACAUUCACGGCACUCAGGACAGUGACAGUGGAGAGUAUCACUGUGUUGCCACUCCCUGGUACCUGUCGGCCUCAACGGGAGCCUGGACUCAAGCUGGAGAGCUGACGUCAUCUCGAAUCUUCCUCACUGUCAGAUUUGCCGUGUGGGAGUCCCUAAAGUUACCUCUCUUGUACGGUGUAUCAGCCUCAAUAGGUGUGGGACUCUUCUCUCUGGUCCUGGGUCUGGUUUGUGCCCAGUGCUGCUGCCGCAACACCACACACACUCCCCGCUCACGCAACAAACUGAUGGACCUGGAGAUGGACUGACAAACACUUUCCCCCGCACCCACACACUGCAGCGCUCACAGGAAACACCUCUCACACAACAGACACACGCCCAUAGACGAUUUCUGGGACAGCCAGUUGUUUCCGGGCGACGGACGUUGGGAGUAAAUAA